GAAGUCUAUCAAUAGGGGAUCUGCACAGAAAUUCAGUCCAUUUAAUGAAAAUUGGGCCUGAACCAAAACUAGUGAGAAAUUAGAUUUAUCUUCAUAUGUCAGAUUACCAGUUAAAAUUCUUCUUUGCCAAAACAUCAACUUCAGACAUAUAAUCCAUUGGAUGGCCUUUAAUUACAGAUGAUGUGGGCAGUGCUGGUCAAUAGUUCUCGGCAGGCUGUGCUAAAUAAAGAAAUCAAUAAAAAGCAGAGAUUUAGAGGAUGGGGAGCAGUCUGUGUGCUCCGUGCUGAUGGUGAAACUGAUAAAACCGACAUGUUCCAGGCUUUUAGGUUGGGCUAUGUCAUGAGAUGAACUUGUAGAAAUAGCUUUUUUGUUCCAGUCAGCCUCAGACCAUCCGAUCCUCUCCAACAAUGAGUAAUAUAGAGAUCCCAGCUGGUUUGAAGGAGCUGCUGCAGGGCUACACGGUGGAGGUUCUCCGUCACAGGCCUGCUAACUUGUUGGAGUUUGCUGUGCAGCAUUUCACACGAAUCCUGGAGAAUCAAAGGAACGAGCAGCAAGCCAAGAAGCACAACAGCAAUCCCUCAGGGAAGGAUGUCACUUUUGAAACGGUGUCAAACAACUCAAAGGAAAACGAUGAAGAAGAGGAGGUGAAAGAGGCUCCCAAGUCCAGGAGCAGUAGGAGUCGCAGGGUCGCAGUUUGUGCAGAGGCUUAUGACCCUGACGAUGAAUCAGAUGAUAACAGUCAGCCUCAGGUUGUGAAUCCCAAAACAGACGAGCAGCGUCGACGGCUUCAGGAUGCAUGCAAAGAUAUUCUGCUGUUUAAGACUCUGGAAAAGGAACAGUUUUCUGAGGUUCUGGACGCCAUGUUUGAGGUUCAGGUCAAACCUCAAGACCACAUCAUCGACCAGGGAGACGAUGGGGAUAACUUCUACGUCAUAGACAAAGGUGUGUAUGAUAUCUUUGUGGCAAAGGAUGGAGUGAGUGUGUGUGUGGGAAAGUAUAACAACAAGGGCAGCUUUGGGGAACUAGCCCUUAUGUAUAACACGCCGCGAGCUGCCACGAUCGUAGCAACAGAGGAGGGCACUCUAUGGGGCCUGGAUCGGGCCACAUUUCACCGACUGAUUGUGAAAAACAACGCAAAGAAGAGGAGGCUGUAUGAGGCCUUCAUAGAGUGUGUGCCUCUUCUCAACUGUCUUGAGCUCUCUGAGAGGAUGAAGAUAGUUGAUGUUUUAGGAGUACGAACAUUUAAUGAUGGCGAUCGCAUUAUAGCACAGGGUGACAGAGCUGAAUGUUUCUACAUUGUGGAAACAGGGGAGGUGAAGAUACUGAUCAAAACCAAAACAAAGGUGAACCAGCAGGAUAACACAGAGGUGGAAGUGGCUCGUUGCUCCAGAGGGCAGUAUUUUGGAGAGCUGGCGUUGGUCAACAAUAAACCCCGUGCAGCCUCUGUCUACGCCGUUGGAGAGACCAAAUGUUUAGUGAUUGACAUCCAGGCGUUUGAGCGCCUUUUGGGGCCCUGCAUGGACAUCAUGAAGAGGAACAUCUCCCAGUACGAGGACCAGCUGGUGGCACUGUUUGGCUCCAGUGAUGAUUUAAAACUCUAGUAUGCUGCACUUAAACCAGCAUGUUAAUAAGAACAUGUUUCUCAUCCUUUUGAGGUGCUUUUAACACACAAACCAUUUGCCUAUUAUACUGACGUUUAGAAAGUGUGGUGUCUGAUGCCCUCAUUCAAAAUACAAAUAUGAAUCCAAGCUUUAGAUCAUUACAAAAAUGACAAAGGCCUGACCAUCUGUCUGAACAUUACAUUAUAAUAAUCUGGAUUUUAUCUUAAUUUUAACAUUUGUUAUUUUUUCUCGAAUGUUUUUAAUAGGAAUCAUCUUGUUCAUGUAUGUUCUGAAAUAAUUUCCCUUGUUUUGUUCACAUUCAGCUUUUACAAUUUACAUUUAUUAAUGUACA